AAUUGUUUAAAAUCCACGGAUAAUUUGAUAAUAAAUGCCUAAAUAUUAUCUAUAAUAAUCAGUAGAAACAAAUUCAUAACAACAACAGUUUUGUGUCUCAGCACAAUUUCUCACUAUAGAAUAAAACCAUGUGUAUAAUUAAUGUAAUAAUAAAUGAUGUUGUCAUAAGUUAUUGAUUGAUUCAUGUACUUUUUUACAGUGAGUUCUGCUGUGGUUUUGUUUGGAACUAUUUUUGUUGGCGAAAUAGAGCAAAACUUACAUUAUUAACAAUCACAAUCAAUUAACAAUUAAUAAAAUCAAUUUUACAUACAUUCAAGCCCAAUCUGACAACACAGGUGAAGAGAAUACUUGUGUAAAAUGUUAAAUUCUGUUUUUUUUGUUUUGUUUGUCUGUUUGUAUGUUUUUUCUUUAUCAUUAGGUCCCUCAAAUUUGCCAGCAAAAAUUAUCUUUAUUCUAACACUCCACCACAUACACACACACACACACACACACAAAUAAAUAACAAAGGCACUUUUAAGAGUCACGUUCGUCUUGUUCACCUUUACCCAUCACCUGUACUCUCUUCAGCUCUCUUUCUCGCUCCCCUCUCCUCUCUUUGUCUCUCUUUGUCCCCCCUCCCUGUAUAUUUAUUUAUUUGUCCAUCUCUUUGUUGUGAGUCUUUCUGUCUGUUUGUUUUUCUGUCCAUCACUAUGUCCAUGAGUGAUUCAGAAAUCCAAGAAAAUCUAAUGGUCUUGGAUAACUUGGUUGAUCAUCAAGAACUGAAGGAUGAGCUCCAAAGUCUUGAUGACUUUCUUGGUGAGCUGCAAGAAGAGGAGGCGGCAGCAGCACCAUCAAAGACACCUGAGCCAAGGCAACCAAAGGUGCACUGGAGAAAAAGAGACGUGCAUGGAAAUAUUGUCUAUGCAAGGCCGAGAUCAAGCAGGGAUCAGUCAAAAAAGGCUGAUCACAUUCAGAACACUGAUCCUACCUUCAAUGCUCCUGACACUAACUGUGAGGUGGCCUUUGCUCCAGAGACUGUUGAGUGUUUUCUACAAGAUCUCCAGCACUCACUGAGGGAUUCCUCAGGUGAUGAGGCAUCACCUCUUGGAACCCCAAGAGAUCCUCUUCUGGCAUCUUCGAACUGGGGCAUUCGUCAGAGUCUCUUUUCAGAGAGGUGGAGGGCAGAGAGACCCCGUCUGGUAAACACGGCUGCAGCAAAAGAAAGUGUGGCAACACACAUCUGCCAGCAGUGUUGGAGCAGUCCAGCAGUUAUCCGGUGCAGUGACUGUCGACCACACCCCUUCUUCUGUGCUGAAUGUGACAUCAGCAUGCACACCAGACAUGUCCUCCACAAUAGAGAUGCCAUGACUGCUGGCUUCUUCCAAGAUACAGCCUAA